GGAUGUCGUCUUCGCUGAAUGAAAAGGACGAGUACGACACCGCACAGGCCGUUCUGUCCCUCCAAGACCUCCGCAUCUAUCACGAGAAGGCCGCGGGGCGUCUCGUUAUAGACCCUGGGAAGGCUCGGAUUGAGUUUGGCGACCAUGUCAUGGAGAGCCUGAAGAUCUCCGUUGACGGGACUAAGGUCCUCUGGCCGCAGCCGUUUGACGACUCCCGAGAUCCCCAGAACUGGAGCGAUAGACAGAAGAACCUGCAGCUGGCCAUCGCCACGCUCGCUGCCGUCUCACCGGAUUUCAACGUGGGGAUAGGCAUAGCUGGGUUGCAAGACAUUGCCAAAACAUACGGAGUCUCCACCGAGAAGAUCACCAGCUUCACGACUUCAUGGGCCGUGUUCCUGCUCGGCUGGGGCGGCAUCGUCGCUGUAGUGCUCAUGCAGCGCGUCGGCCGCCUGCCCGUGCUCUUCUGGUCGCAGCUUCUCGCCCUCGGCUUUCUCAUCGGCUGUGCGCUCGCACCGGACCUCGCGACGUUCGCGGCGAUGCGGUUUCUGACGUCCGUGUUCUCUGGGGUCCCGCAGGUAACAGGCCUGUACAUCGUCAGCGACAUUUUCCCGUUCCACCUCCAGGCCCACAAGCUGAACGUGUGGGUGAUGGGCUUCAUCAUCUCGCCGUUCUUCCCGCCGUUUGCCUUGGGCUACCUCGUUCCCCGAGCCAGCUUCCGGUGGGCGUACGGCGUCGGCGUGAUCUACAACGGCAUCGUCGUGCUGCUGAUCGCGCUGUUCGGCCGCGAGACCCUGUUCGACAGACGCGACCCCACGGCGUACGAGCACGUCCCGACCGACACGCUCGCGAACCGCGCCAGGACCCUCGUGGGCCUCACCGGCGCGCGGCUCGCGCGGUUCCGCACGCCGUGGCGCGAGCUCGCGCUGUACCCGCUCCGGCUCGUCUGGCGGCCGCACCUGCUGAGCAUCAUGGUGUACGAGGGGCUCCUCUUCGGCUUCAGCAUCGGCAUGAACCUCACGAACUCGCUCUUCCUCGGCCUGCCGCCCCCGCUGGGGUACGGCUACAGCCAGGACGCGAUCGCGACGAUCUACCUCACACCCGUCGUCGCCGUCGUGCUCGGGCAGGUGCUCGGGCACUACCUGAACGACUUCAUCGUCACGCGCGCGAUACGGCGCAACCGGGGUGUGUACGAGGCAGAGUCCCGGCUGUGGACGUGCGUCGUCGCGCUGCCGAUCUACGUCGUCGGUCUCGUCGUCUCGGGCGCGGCGUUCCAGGCCAAGCUCUCCGUCGGCGCGGUCGUGAUGGGCUGGGGCAUCCGCGAGGUCGCGGUGAUGAUCAACACCGUCGCCGUCUAUACGUACGCAAACGACUGCUUCCCGCGCUACCCGGGCGAGAUCAGCGGACUGCUGAACCUGUUCCGCACGCUCGGCGGGUUCGCGAUGCCGUACUUCCAGACCACCUGGGCGCGCGAGCAUGGCGCGCUGCAGGUCUUUGGCUGCGAGGCCGCGAUCGUCGCUGGGAUGUUCUUCAUGAUCGUGCCUGUCGUGUACCACCUGGGGCCCAAGUUGCGGGCAAGGUAUUCAAUGUGAUCUCUACGAGGUCUCGUUCGCUCUCUCUCUCUUUCUCUUUGGUCUACACUUCUACAAUACACACACACGCACGCACGCACGCACAAUCACAACCUCGUGACACACCAGAUAAGCUGAUAGAACGCGACGCCACGCUCUAUGACAAGGUCAUCCCGCGCCUGCUCGACGACCCGAGCCUCGACGCGCACCGUGCCCCGCGCGAAGACGCCCCCGUCCCAGAGCGCACCCCAGCUCUCCGCGCUGUGGCAGAACAUGCGGUUCCCGAGGUAGCCUGGCGCGGGCGGCGGCGCCUCGGUGCGGAAGCCGCGCGCGGGGCGGCUCACGUGCGUCCCGAAGAGCAUCGCGCCCCGCACCGGCGCGAGCAGCGCCCCGAGCGCACGCGCGACCGCCGCCUGGUUCGCCUCGCUGAAGAGGUGGAAGAAGUUCGAGGCGUGCACCGCGUGCAGCCGCCCCGCGAGCGGCGCGAGCGUGUGCAGCGCGCGCAGGUCUGUGUGCGGCGGCGUCGGCGGCGCGGGGCCGUAUGUGAUGGGCGAGGAGCCUAUGAAGGUGCUGUCGAGGACGUCGCCCGCGAGGAAGGGCACGGGGAACGUCGCGGGGUCUGUCCCGAAGAGCUUGUGCCCGAUGUCCCAGAAUUCUGCGGCGAGUGGGGGGGUCAGCGACGGGAGCGUGGGGUGAUAUGGUGUCAUGCACCUGGCCGCAGGUCGGAUGCUAUGAU